UGUUCUUCAUGCUCUUAUAUUGAGCUAUCACCCUCUUCCAUCACAUCUAAAGCGAUGCUUCGCCUAUUGUUCCAUGUUUCCAAAGAAUUAUCAAUUUAAACGGAAUGAACUUGUGCGCUUAUGGAUGGCGGAAGAUCUUCUGCUUCUGCAACAUUCCAAUAGAAAUAGGAGAACGGAAGAAGUUGGUAAAGAAUACUUCAAUGACCUGGCAUCUAGGUCAUUCUUUCAGCAAUCAAGUAAAAAGUGCUUCUUUAUUCAUGACCUUAUGGGUGACCUGGCCGAAUUUUGUCUCUGGAGAAUUCACCUUCAGAUUAGAGGGUGUAAAGACACAUGCCAUGUCAAAAAAAACUCGUCACAUGUCAUAUUCCAAGGUGAAAUUCGAUGAUUUAGAGAAUAUUAUGGCCAUAUGCGAAAAUCUGCGCACCUUUCUCCCAUCACAAGUGUUAUCAUGGUCUAGAUGCUUAAACGAUGAGGCUUUAAGUGGCUUACUUUCAAAACUAACAAGUUUGAGGGAACUUUCCCUCUCUAACUGCCGCAAUUUGACAGUUAUUCUGGAUGCAAUUGGUAAUUUGAUACAUUUAAGAUAUCUAGACCUCUCUUCAACAUCCAUCUCCAAGUUACCAGACUCUGUAGGUUCUUUGAACAAUUUGCAGACUUUGCUGCUGACAAAUUGUUCUUACCUUACUGAAUUGCCUUUCAACUUGGAAAGGCUAACUAAUCUCAGAUGUUUGGAUAUAAGUGGAACAAAAUUAAGUCAGACACCACAGCAUAUGGGUAGAUUGAAAAAUCUUCAGAUAUUAACAGUAUUUGUUCAAGGUAAUAGAUGUGGGUCGAGCAUCAAAGAGUUGAAGGAACUUCAAUUUGUUCGGAAAAAGCUCACUAUUUCCAAUCUGCAACAUGUUGCUAGUCCUCAAGAUGCCAUGAUGGCUAAUUUGGUCGGUAAAGAGAAGCUUAAUGAAUUGGUGUUGAAAUGGAAUGGGACCGCAAAUAAUUCAGAAGAAGUUAGAAGUGUACUUCCUCACUUGCAACCUCCUAAAGCCUUAAGGAAACUUACCAUCAAGGGUUAUGGGAGCACAUCGUUCCCAGACUGGUUAGGUGGAUGCCAGUUUUUAAAUUUAGCAUCUCUAUGUAUUGAUGACUGUACAACUUGUGUUCUCUUGCCACCACUUGGGCAAUUGCCUUCCCUCAAAGCUCUCUCGUUAACACGGCUUUCACUUGUAGUUUCUAUUGGUGAUUCUUUUUAUUACAUUCCUUCUGACCAAGUUGAGCCAUCUCGCAGAAAUGCAGUUAGACCAUUCAGGUCCCUUCAAACUUUGCGCUUUGAGAACAUGCCCCAGUGGCAAGUAUGGCUUCCUUUUACAGUAAUAGAUGAAAAUGCAGAUGGAGCAUUUCCUUGUCUUCAACAGCUUUAUAUAAAAAAUUGCCCAAAACUGAAGGGCUUGCCCAAAAAACUCCCUUUUCUAGCCAAACGGGUGAUUUCAAAGUGUGAGCAACUUGUAGCCACUGUUCCCCCAACAAUCUGGGAAUUGCAGUUGAAAGACUGUAAAAAGGUAUCAAUGAAGGAACUGCCACCUCGUUUGUUGGAUUUUUCAAUUGGUGGAUAUGAUUCUUUUGAGUUGCCAUUUGGGGUUGCAGACAACAGGAAUUGUUCUAUUGAAAAGCUAAGCAUCACAAGCUGCCAGGUAAUUCGUCAGCUUCCUCAAAUUGGCCUUGCUAACACAUUGAAGUCACUCAACGUUGCAAACUGUGGGAUUUUUGAGCUUCCCAUGAACCAAUAUUUUUCAACUCUUGAGCGUUUGUGCAUAAAAUUUAGCUUUGGUUCUCUCAAGUCCUUGAUUUUAAGUUUCUUUCCAAAGCCGAGCCAUCUUGACCUUGAAGGAUGUCAGAAUCUAGAGUCUCUUUCAACUUCAGGGGAUCACUUGUAGCAUUUUCCAUCUCUCACCUCCAUAAGGAUAAGUAAUUGUCCUGAUUUUGUUUCUUUUCCAGAAGAUGGACUCUCAGCUCUAAACCUCACUUAUCUCUUCAUUGACAAUUGCAAGAAUUUAAAGUCAUUGCCCCAUCAGAUGAGUAACCUGCUUCCUUCUCUAGUGACUUUGAAUAUAUUUCUCUGUCCAGAGCUUGAGCUGUUUCCAGCAGAAGGACUGCCAGAAGGUUUACAUUCAUUAGAGAUCAAUCGCUGUGACAAGCUCUUUGUUGAGAGAGAGAACUGGGAUUUGCAAAGACUCCCUUCUCUUCGAAGCUUUGGUAUCAAAGGUGCAUGCAAAGAUGGGGAAUCCUUCCCAGAAGAAUGGUUGCUUCCAUCUUCUCUUUCCUCCCUUUAUAUACGUAAACUCCAGAAUUUUAAGUGUUGAGUGGACAUGGGAUUCAGAAAUUGACCUCUCUACAGUCAUUGGAGAUAAGAGACUGUUCAGAACUUCAGUGCAUACCAGAAAAACUCAGAACUUCAGUGCAUACCAGAAAAACUUCCAGCCUCCCUUUCUGCCCUGCAUGCAUGGAAUUGCCCGUUGCUUGAACCAAGAUGCAACGGGGAAAAAAAUGAAGGUUGGCCCAAAAUUGCUCACAUUCCCCGCAUACGUAUCAACAGAAGAUUAAUCAGAUAUGGCUAAACUUCAUACUCGAGACAUGUUUCAGUCCCUGUUCAGAAUCUUGCAAGACUUGUUGGGCCACUGAGUGUGAGUGAAUGAAAGCCAUGUGGCUGAGGCAGAAAUCAUCGUGAUCUAAGACCUCUGUUAACUGACUUAACAUGCGUUCUAGCAGCUUCAGGAAUGCGGCAUUUACUUUGCACCAGCUUGUUCUUUGCAAUCUCAGGCAAGAUUUUUCUAUGUUGCUUCAACUUUCAAAAGAUAUGAUAGAACAAAAACUACUAUGUAUGUUAAUAAUUAAUAUUUUUUAUGGCACUUGAUCUAUUGAUGAUCUAGUAUCAACACUACAUGUGAAAACACUUUUG